CCGGCGCACGGCUCCGCCACGCUGCCACGGCGCCCCACUGCUUCCAGCCUCCGAAGCCCCGCCGCUAAUGGCGACAGAGAGAUAGGGAGGCUCGCCCCCAAUCCCCCACCAUGAAUUCGCCGCCGCCGCAACGCAGCCGCCACACGCUGGUCGACGACGCCAUCCGCGAGAUUUUGCUCCGCAUCCCGCCGGAUGACCCGGCGAGCCUCGUCCGCGCCUCCGCCGUCUGCACCACCUGGCUCGAAACCAUCUCAGACCCCGCCUUCUUCCGCGACUACCGCGCUUUCCACGGGGCGUCCCCCGUGUUGGGCUACCUCCACAACAAAUCCUACGAAAGCCAUGGCGUCGCCCGAUUCGACCCUACCGGAGCCUUCUGCCCGCCGGUUCGCGACCGCCGCAACUGGCACGCGGCCGACUCCCGCCAUGGCCGCGUCCUCUUCUACACACCCAGAGAGAAGCACGCAGAUUUCACCGUCUGGGACCCCAUCACGGACCGCCGGUGGGGGCUUCUCACCGACCCCAAGCUGUCGGAGAUAAUUGAGACUGCAGAGGACCAGCAGGAGGAGAUAACCUGGAUGGCGGCGGUGCUCUGCGCCCAGGAUGGCUGCGACCACCUGGGCUGCUACGACGGUCCCUUCCUCGUGGCUUUCGCGGGCUCCAAUGAGUUAGAGAGGACCACGUUCGCCUCCUUCUACUCAUCUGAGGCUGCCGAGUGGAGCAAAAUGAUCUCCAUUGAGAACCCGAAUGCCACCAGUGCCAUGGAGGAGACAGGGCACACUGCAGUUGUGGGAAACAAAGUCUAUUUCCCCCGUAAGUGGAGCGGAAGAAUAGUGAUGUAUGACGUGGGCGAGCAAGAACUUUCGGCGAUCAAUUUGCAGGACCAGCCAUGCGGUAAACUCAUGGGGGAGGAGGACGGUGCGCUGGUGUUUGCGAGCAUGGGGGGUUCUAAACUCUAUGUGCGGUUAAUGGAGGAUGGUCCCAAUGGAGUUGUGGCGAGGGGGCAACGCAGGGUCGUCGAGCUUCAAACAUCGCUCCCUCCUAGUGCCCUCUCGAGCACAUACUGGAUGGUACGCAAAACCUUCGUGAGUGGUGGACCAUCGGUGGUUGGUUUUGCGAGCGGUGCUGGUGUCAUCUUCCUAAAUACAGAAGCUGGCCUGUUCACAGUUGAGGUCUCUUCUGGCCAAACAAAGAAGGUACACAGAAAGAUGUUCGUCCAGACAGUCAUACCCUAUGUGAGCUUCUACAGCCGAGAACAUGUCAGGAUCUUAAUGCCACUGCAAUCAAAACGUGGUCGCGGCGACCAUUCACAUGAAUUGGACACCGUUUUGCAUGAUCACGCUGGGGACAGAAUGCCACUGCCAUGAGAUGGGCCAUCCAUCCAUCCAUCACGAAGAACCUGCUGCCGUUUCACAAUGCGGACUAAAGCACUAACGCUAGACCAUUAUGCCUUCUAGAUGAAUUCUGGAGCUGCAUGAAUGCUGUCCAAGUUUCUGUGGAGAAAUGCUUGGAGCCUUUUGUGAGUAAUGAUGUGAAGCAUUGAACUUUGGACGUGGUUUCAGAGGAGCAGUCGGUUUUGUUGGAUACAUAGAAAUGGUAGCUUUGUAUCCAAGUGUUCAGUUGGUCCAGCGUCACUAUAAUUACAAGAUUUUUAAUUCUGUUAUGACUUGUGACAAACUGUUUGCGUUGUGCUCUGAGUGAGACUUGUUAAUUUGUGUUGUGACAACUGCAUGCUCUCCUGGCAACACAUAAAUAUGAAU